CUGAGUGGAUAACAUUUCAGCCUUUUCUGCAGUAGUUUUUAACCAUGUUUUGAAGCACAGUGAAACAAGGUGACUGCGUGAAAGUUUUUCAUUGCAUUUAGCAAUUAUAAGCUAAAUUUUAUCCUAAAUAAAAGGCCUUAUGAAGAUAGAAGAAUGAGAUCCUGCAAAUUAAACUAAUUAUGUCUAUUUGUGACAUAGGCUCUGCAUCAUUUAAAUAUGACAUGAGGAGGUUAACAGAAAUCUUGGCUUUUCCAAAAGCUUGGUACCGCCGUAGCAUAGCUAGAAGAAUGUUUCUUGGUGAUCAGAGCACAGGUGCUCUAUAUAGUGAUCAAGAGGAUUCAGUUGAAACAAGCAGCAGUAGUGGCACAAUGUCUCCAAGUAUGAGUAAAUCGGACUACAUUGCAUUCAAAACAUCUCCAGUAAAUGUAUUAUCAACCAGUGGUUUUACUACCUCUACUACUGCAUGUGAGGGAUUUCCAGUAUCAUCUCUGCAAACAAAGGCCAGUACCAUAAUCUGUGACAGUAUUAAAAGUAAUGGAUCAUCUGGGAUCAAUGCUAAGGAGAGAGAGCCUACCAAGCUAAUAAGACCUCUAGUGCCUAACCAUAGUCACAGGGAUAGGCUUUGGCUGAAUUUAGAUCGCUCUGUUCAAGAAUCACGCAAGUGUGUAGAUAUCCGUAGUCCAUCCAAGAGUGGAUCUUCUAGUUAUGAUGAUAGUAAAGACAGUGUAUCUUCUGAUCAGUCUUCACCUUUUCAUUCAAGGCAUAGUAGUGCUUGGGAAACGCUGGUUUUAUUUGCAGUUAAUCUUUCACGCCUAAAUGUGCAAAUGAAUAUGGGAAAUGUAAUGGGAAACACUACUUGGUUAACGAGGGAUUUUAAAUCUCAAGGAAGGCUUUCUAUUGGAAGCAGUGGACAUAAAAAUCUUUUCCUCUCUGUUGAACUAGAAGGUUCAACCCUAGACAGCAAAGGCGGCAUUGUUGGUGGAACAAUUGAACUGAGUCAUAUUGACACUUGUAUGCAUCUCAAAGAAGAAUGGGGUCAGGAACCUGAUCAUACAGUAGCACUGAAGUUAGGUGCUUUGGAAUCACGUUUAGAUUAUAUGGGGACCAGUGUUCUAAUGGGAAGAGUCAGCUCAUUAGAUAUAACACUAAAAGAUGAAUGGAGAGUCAGUACAGUAAUUAAUCAUGAUCAUAUUUCGAGUCAUCCUACUAAAAGACCAGCGUUGAUAUUCAUUAAUGGAGAAUUAUCUUGGGAUCAACUUCAGUUACUGAUUUCGAAGUCCACUACACCAGAUUUAAUAAAAAUGUAUUCAAAGCUGGAAGAAUUUUUUUCACAACAAUUUCAUAGUAGUAAACGGGUAUUUUCUUCUUUGCAACCACGUCUUCAACGCCACUCAUUAAAAAACAGAUCGAGGAAAUCAAAACCAACAGAAG